CCAUUGGCCAACGCUAGGAGCUGUCCGUGGUGCUGAAAGCACGGCGGCGGCGCUGCCCUGAAGAGGAGGCUCCCAGCACAGAGCACAGAGCACGGUGCGGGGCAGCGGCGGCAGCAGCUCUACAGUCUCCAGCCUUCAGCCUUCACUCAGUGGACUCAGUACGCACAGCCAGUACAGUCUGUAGUGGCGGACCGAAACUAAAAAAGACCUCGUCUCUUGUCAGCGAGCGCAUUCAGACAGAGAACCCGGGCUGAAGUGACGAGAGGAGCGCUCAGAGGAAAAGUGUUGAUCCCAAGGACGUUCACUAGGAAAAGCUCGAGAAGCGCAAAGCGGGGGACAAAACGCGAUGAAUGCGAUCAGAGAUUAUUUCCCUCUCCUGCUUGUUCUGGCGGCGGUGGUGACGGAUACGGGCGCUAAAGCCUCUGAGGAAGGUCUCUCUAUCACUCCGGGGGGCCCUCCGGAGAGCGGGGCCAGCCUGUACCCCACCACCCAGGCCACAGGCGGCAGGCUCCCCGUGGUCACCACCGCCCCGCCUGUCAACGUCCCGAACCACCACCCCCUGUACAGGAACCCCCCACAACACCAGGCCCCGCUCGGCCUUCGUCGUCAGCCGAACUACUCCGAAGACAGCAGGGGAUCCAGCACACACCGCAGCUCCCAGACCACCUUCUCUACGUUGCCAUCCGGGCCUCCGCUGGACAACGAUGAGAGCGCUGAAAGCCCAAACGUGCCAACAACCGUUGCAUUAGCCGUCGCUUCUUACCCCAGCACCCCUGUUCCAGUCACCAGCACGGUUUUAAAAGAUCCGGAAGAUGCCACCAUCGCCCCCUCUGCUGCCACUGCGGCAAGGGAGAAGGAUGCUGUGAGGCCAGAUCAUUCUGGACUGAAGCAGAAUGUGAGGCCUGGCACCGAUGAAGAGGAGACAACCACUACCACCAUCACCACCACCACCACCAUCAUUACCACAAUGCAGAGUCCAGUUCCCUGCCAGCUGAACCUGACUGGACCAGAAGGGUACAUAGAGGCUCCACCACAGUCCAGUUCUGCUUUUCACUCCACAAUGGACUGCAGCUACAUCAUCACAGUCUACAUGGGCUAUGGAGUGGAGGUCCAGGUGAUGAAUGUGAAUCUGUCUGAGGGUGACAAGAUGGCGUUUGAAGAUGUGGGCCACAGGGAGAACACCAUGCUGGCUAAUGAGUCCAUUCUGAUGAGGGGGUUGGUAGUACGAAGCCACAGCAAUCAGAUCUCUAUCCGCUUCCAAAGCCAGAGGUCUCAGGUUGGAUCGGUCCUGCUCAGAUACCAAGCCUUCGUGUUGAGCUGCGUCUUCCCCCAGCGGCCCCUCUACGGCGACGUCUCAGUGAGCAGUCUCCACUCUGGAGGGGAGGCCUUCUUCUCCUGUCUGACUGGCUACCAGCUGCAAGGCCCCAGUAUGCUGACCUGCCGCAAUGCUAGCACUCCCUACUGGAGUGGUAAGGAACCACACUGCCUCGCUGCCUGUGGUGGUUUGAUCAGGAACGUCACAGUCGGUCGUAUCGUCUCUCCUGGUUUUCCCAGCAACUACAGCAACAACCUGACCUGCCACUGGCUGCUGGAGGCCCCUGAGGGCCAGAGGCUGCACAUCCACUUUGAGAAGGUGGCACUGGCUGAGGAUGAUGAUCGGCUGCUGAUUAAGAAUGGUAACAGCAUAGAUGCGACUGCCCUGUAUGAUUCGUACGAGGUGGAGUAUCUGCCCAAUGAAGGUCUACUCAGCACGUCCAGGCAUCUCUUCAUUGAGUUGACGACAGACGCUGCGGGUACAUCCACUGGCAUUGCCAUCAGGUACCAAGCCUUUGCAGCGGGCCACUGCUAUGAACCCUUUGUGAAGUAUGGUAACCUGACCAGCAGCGACAGCACCUGGGCAGUGGGAGCUGUGGUGGAGUUCGCCUGCGACCCUGGCUAUACUCUGGAACAGGGAUCUGUCACCAUUGAAUGCAUGGACCCCAACAAUCCCCAGUGGAAUGAGACUGAGCCUGCCUGUAGAGCUGUGUGCAGUGGCGAGAUCACAGAUUCAGCUGGAGUGGUGCUGUCUCCUAAUUGGCCUGAAGCCUACGAUAAAGGCCAGGACUGUAUCUGGGGAAUCCAUGUUGAGGAGGACAAGCGGAUCAUGCUGGACAUUCAAGUGUUGAACAUUGGGAAGAAUGACAUGCUGACCUUUUAUGAUGGAGAUGACCUCACGGCUAAAGUACUGGGUCAGUAUGGAGGAUCCAAGUCCCGAUUUAAGCUCUACACCUCCACCGCAGACAUCACUAUCCAGUUCCAGUCUGACCCUGCCACCAAGGUCUACGGCUACGGCAACGGCUUCAUAGUCCACUUCUUUGAAGUAGCUCGUAAUGACACCUGCCCCGAGCUUCCAGAGAUCUCUAAUGGCUGGAAGAGUACAUCUCACCCUGAGCUGGUUCAGGGAACUGUGGUUACCUACCAGUGUUACCCGGGUUAUCAGGUGGUGGGCGCCGAGCUGCUCAUGUGCCAAUGGGACCUCACCUGGAGUGGCGACCUACCAAGCUGUGAGAGAGUCGUAUCUUGCGCUGACCCUGGAAAGGUGGAGAACAGCAGGCGGGUGCUGUCAGGUCCCCAUUUUACCGUGGGUUCGACCAUCCAGUACAUCUGCAACAAGGGCUUCACUCUGUCUGGAAACAGUCUGCUCACCUGUUUCAACCGAGGAUCCUCAGGCCCCAAAUGGAACCAGAAGCUGCCUCGAUGCCUACCUGAGACCUUCGAGCCUUGUAGUCACCCAGGAACCCCCACCUACGGGAUCCCCAGCUCCAACAAGCUCCACUUCCAGGCCGGAGAGACCCUCCACUACUCCUGCCUGGUGGGCCACCAGCUGCUGGGCGAGCCCGUUCUCCACUGUGUCCCUGGACACCCUUCCCAGUGGAGUGGGCUGCCACCUGUCUGCAAAGCCCACCCAGUGGAGUAUGAUGAGCACAGAUUAGAUGUAGCUGCUGCAGACCUCAGAAUGGAGGGGGCCCAAGUAGCGUUCGCUGUCUUCAUCCCUGUCACCCUCCUCCUCAUCCUCAUCGUUGGGAUCUACCUCUACUUCUCAAAGGUUCAGAGGAAGCCACUACGGCUCUCCCUGUCCUCCAACUUACCAUAUGAAAACAUCACUGGAGAGUCUACGAUUGACAGCUCUGUUUCUGAGACAGCGAACAAUGAGGAAACGAGAGAAUACGAGGUUUCAAUCUGAAGACGCCAGUGUGUGUGUGUGUGUGUGUGUGUGUGUUUCAGUAUGGACAGAUAAGAAGCCUGCUGGCGUUUCAACGUCUGUCACACUCACAACUUUGGUGACUCCCUUGACGCCUCCACCCUGUUCUCUGUACGCUGAAUACAAGCCUCCCUUUAUUUACCCAACAGAGGACGCCACACCGGCCCUGGAAAGGCUCAGCCACCGGAUUAUUUUUCUAGCUCUUCAACAGUAAACGGUCCAGCAGCAGCAGUUUGUACAGUUUUUAAUCCUGUGCUCGCAUCCUGAGGACUUUCAGUGCAACGUACCAUCUCAGAAAGCGGAGGGAGUCAGUGCGAAGCUAGUGCCAUUAAGCGUGUAUAACCACAGAUGUUACGUUGUGUUAUGUACAUUAUACACUAUAUGUCUCCUGCCACCAUCUAAAGAAGAACAAUGCUUAUGGAUUUAUGGGAUGUUUAUUAAGAGUAAGAGGUUACAAUUCACUGAAAUUCAACAGCGGAGUUUGCCCAAAAAUGUCCCUCUCUGAAUUGAUGCAAGCUUCUGAGAUAAGAAAUCAGAAUGUGCCUUAAAUAAAAGGCCCUUGACAGAAUAUCUCUCUUUCUGAGAGUGAGAUGACAAGAUUGAUAUCAGUCUCAUGUCUGUGAGGCUGUAAGUACAGACCUGGAUGUGGUUAACCUAGCUUAGCAUAAAGACUGGAUGCAGGGGGAAACAGCUAGCUAAAAGAACAUCUUGAAAAGUGGUGGAACAGGAAGUUUAACCUCAUUAUUGUCAUUGUAGUCCGAUUAUUAUUUAUUCUAGAUAAAUGAAAUGUAAGCACUGCUUGGGACACAGUCAUAUAAACUGAUGUAGCAGGUUGUAGGUUGUACAAGCUACUUCACAACAACAAGAAGGAAGUGACAAAUCCAAUGUUGUCUCAUCGGUUCGUGGCUAGCAGGCUAGCUGUUUCUCCACGUUUCCUUCAGUGUGUGUGCUAAUCUAAGCUAACCAUGUUCUGACUCCAGCUGUACACACAGACCUCACUUUUAAAACAAAAGCGAAUGAGCGUAUGUUCCAGAAUGUUGAAUCAUUUAAAAAAAUAGUGUUAGCAUAUAGAUUAAAGGUCCAGUGUGUAACAUUUAGGAGGAUCUAUUGUCAGAAAUGGAAUAUAAUAUUCAUAGGUAUGUUUUCAUUAGUGUAUAAUCACCUCAUCACCAUUAGAACUGUUUUUGUUACCUUACAAUGACACGUUUUUAUCUAUAGAGGAAGCACCAUGUUGAUCUGCCAUGUUUCUACAGGACAAACUGAUCUCCGGUUCUAGAUCGGGGCGGUUUUCACGUGUUUUCGCAACCACAGUGGUUUCUCGAGCGAGCUGUUUCAGUUGGUUGAGAUCUGCAACUUCCUCACUAGAAGCCACUAAAUCCUACACACUGGUCCUUUACGAUUAUAUAUAUUAUCAAUUAUCAAUAAACCUUUCACCGUAAACAACAUCCAAUUCCCCUGGGGAUCAUUUCAAUUUCUAUUUCUAUUUUAGAAUGGCAAUACUGAUUUCACACGUUCAUAUGUAAGAUGCAGAAUCAGACAAAGACAUUUUUGAUUUCUCCUUGGGUUAUCAGCAUCAGUUUAGCGUUAAAAAUUGAGUUGAAACUGUUUUAGUACCCCCCCACCCCAUGUGUUAUUCUUUCUCAGAAGCAAAAGGAAAAUGUACACCAGGGUAAGCCGUUGUUCUUAUUGCCAUUGCCUGUUUGGAGAUUGCGUCUAAACUGAGACCAUUACUGUCGUUCAAACAUACAGUAUAUUGUCCUAUGAUAAUAUGUAUCCAUGCAAGCUGGUGUGAUGACAAUGAUAAUAAUUAACCUAUUUUUGAUUCAUUGUACAUAAAGUACUGAUUAAGCUACUUCACAGACAUCUUCAAUAAAAGUUAUUGUUCAGAAAAAAA